AUGGGACGGAAGAAGAAAGGGCGUGCGGUUGAUGUGCGUGGCUAUGCGACCAGUAGUACGGCGCCUGCACCGGCGCCGGUGUCAGAGCCAAAAUCGACCCCGGAUCCGGCGCCGACAAAGCCCGAUGAAUUAGCUCAAGCGGGCACAGCCACAGACACCACGAUCGAAGAACCCGCAGCAGCUCGCGCUGCUUCGGUUGUUGCUGAGCUGCAAGUCGACACCGCGCCCACAGAUGGCGAAGACACGGCGGCGCCGCCCGCGGCUGAUGAUUGGACAAAAGCCCUGGAUGCCCCUAGUCCUCAGCUGCGCUUUGAGCAACUUCCGUCCGAUGAUGUGCUUUUGCUCUCUGCCAGCCAAGAGGCAGCCUUGGAAGCCCUUUUGAUGCGCGUCUUGCCACACUGGAAUGAAAAUCACUUCAUCUCUCAGCUCAUCCAGGCCACUCAGUCCACCGCGCAAGCAGACGCCGCCCGCCAUUUAUUGCCGGCGCAGACAGGCAUCAGCUCAGCGGGCACCCAGCCCCCAGCCGCCCUCAUGGCCCUGAUAGACCAGCUGCCCCCUACUACCCUCAGCAACUUGGCGCAGCACUUGCAGCAGGCACUGCAAAUGGAGCUCCCAUCUACCCUUGGUCUGACGGAGGACUCAUUUGCUCGUGGCCUGCGACAAGCCUAUGAUGAUCUUGUGGCCCUGGGCUUUGAUAUCGAGGAUGUCGAGGCAACCCUCCGAGCUGUGCCCACCGCCAAUGCGAGCCUCCUGGUUCGGGCCCUCCUACUGACGCCAGACUGGCGCCGCCUUCCUGCUGACCUCUUGAGUACGCACCAAACCGAGGCACGCCGCUGGCAGGAACGCGAGGCAGCUCAGCACCAGGCCAAAUUGAACGCAGAGGCUGCCACUGAACCACCCCACACCACGCCCCCUGAGGAGCCCAUGAAGCAGCCAUCGGUGCCUAGUCUGCGCCCCCAAAAGCCACAGGCCGACACGACCAAAGCGGUAAAAGCGACAAAAAAGAAAAAGUUUGACACUAAGGCUUGGAUCCUGGCCCGCAUGGAGGCCGAAUCCAGUGGCUCCGAGAGCGAUGACCUGGAUCAAGACGAGCUUCUAGGGCAUGGACAAGCCAAGGCCGUUGUGCGGCACACCCAUGUUGACCUGGAAGCAUUGGCUCUGGAGCUUGCUGAGCUGCUGCGCGAUGCUGCCGAUGCCAAGCAACGUAAAGAUUCGGAGAUGGCCAAGCGCUGUGGCCAACGGAUCGGCAAAAUCAAGCGUGAGCAUCCGAACCUUGUACCGGCUGUUCUCGAGCCCAGUGCCGGCCUCUCGUCAGACCCAACACCCGCAGAGGCCACAGCGCCACGGCCAGUUGCUGCAGGCGCACGUGAUGACGUACGACCCGACGCUGACCAAAGCGGCAAUGACAGUGAUGGCGCUGGCAGCAACCAGAGUGCACUUGAUUUUGACUUGCUGGACGAGCUGGUUGACGCUGCUGAUGGGUCAGCAGCAAACUCAGCAGCCCCGGCCCCUGCUGCCAAACCUGCAUACCGCCGCUUUGAUGCCAAUGUCCAAAAGUGGCAAGGCGCAAAUCCUGAGCAAUUGUUAAUCCAAUUUGCCAAGCAACACUUGAGCAAGGACAGCCGCCCACGCUUCACGAAAGCAGCCGUGGCCCCUCAAGGCGCGCGUCAUGUGAUGACUUGUUGCUUGCAACUUCAGCCCCAGCGUCGGACCAACCUGAAACUCGACUUUUCCGCCUCAUCUGUCGCCCUUGGCCGCUGGCCAGAACCACUCUUGCCCAUUCAGGGGGAUCAACUCCAAGUGGUCAGUCAAUUGGAUGCGCCAGAUGGGUCCACGGCACGUCACCUGGCAGCGUUGCACAUGCUUUUCGUCUUGGACCCGACCUCAAACGCUUACCAGCAGCUUCACCGAGCAUACCGAGACCUCUGGCUGGAGUGGGUGCAGAAUCAAAGAAAUGUCAGGCUUGAACAGCUGCGUGAGGCCAACGCCCGACGCGAGGCCUUUGUGGCCAAUCUUGUCCAGACCACGCCACCCGCUUGGACCCAACCCAGCUCUACUCUGAAGACCUCUAACACCAUGCAUGCCCUGGACGCCUCGGCUGCCACCCCUGUCUCAUCAGAACAGCCGUCGACACUUCACCAGAAGAGCCGGAACUCACCCAGUUGGGAUUCAAUCACGGCUCGGCCCGGGUACAGGAAGCUCUUACCGGCGCGCCAGUCUUUGCCAGUACAUGCUCGCCAGGAAGAAAUUGCUCGCAUCAUUGCAACCGAGCGCGUGACCAUUGUGGCCGGUGAAACCGGCAGUGGCAAAUCCACUCAAGUACCACAAUUUGUAUUACAAACUCUUUUGGAAUCUGCUGGGCCUGGCAUGAUCCUUUGCACCCAACCCCGCCGCAUCUCGGCCGUGUCCAUUGCCAAGCGCGUCAGCGCUGAGCUCGGUGAUCGUGAUGUUGGCGUUUCUGGCAGCCUCUGUGGCUAUCACGUGCGCACCGACCGCUGUGUGGCCCCAAGUACCCGCCUGGUGUACUGCACCACCGGCAUUGUUUUGCGCAUGUUGCAGGGGGACCCCAACUUGCGCCACGUGGCGGUGUUGCUCAUCGACGAGAUUCACGAGCGCACUGUACAGUCGGACUUCUUGCUCGUCAUGCUCAAGGCAUUGCUGCCCAUCCGUCCCGAUCUGAAGGUGGUCCUCAUGAGCGCCACGCUGGAUGCCGAGCGCUUUGCAGCCUAUUUUGCCCCAUUGGCCGUGCCUGUUAUCAACGUGCAAGGCCGGACCUUUCCCGUCGCCGAACAUUUUGUUGAGGACAUUGUCGAGACCACGGGCUACGAAUGUGACCCUGAAUCUGACUAUUACAUUGAGCGCCGAAUCUGGCGAACAGCCACUGUUGCUGUCAAGGGUGAAAAUGGCGCGCGUGAGUUGCAUCAGGAAGAGUGGCUUCAAGAAACGGGAGACGAGGCUGCCGACCGUGUCAACCUCGAUCCUGAGCGCUAUUCAGCGAUGACGCAAGAGACCAUCGACGUCUUGCGCACCAACGUCGUCAACCCAGAACUGAUCGAGACCUUGAUCGUGCACCUCGCCACGCAUGAGCAUGACAAGGUCGACGGCGGUGCCAUUUUAGUCUUUCUCCCCGGCCUCAAAGAGAUUCAACUUGUGUACGAACAGCUACAGGCUUCGGCGCUAGCAGUCAAACGCCAGCUUGAGAUUGUACCCUUGCACAGCGCUCUCAGUUCGAGUGAGCAGCAGAAAGCCUUUGUACAUUUCCCCGAUGCCGUCAAAGUGGUGCUUUCCACAAACAUUGCUGAGACAGGUACGACCCAGACACCGUACUGCCACUUGCCCUGCCUGAAACUCUUUGUGUGUGUGUGUGUGUGUGUGUGUGUGUGUGUGUGUGUGUGUGUGUGUGUGUGUGUGUGUGUGUGUGUGUGUGUGUGUGUGUGUGUGUGUGUGUGUGUGUGUGUGUGUGUGUGUGUGUGUGUGUGUGUGUGUGUGUGUGUGUGUGUGUGUGUGUGUGUGUGUGUGUGUGUGUGUGUGUGUGUGUGUGUGUGCGUGACAAUCCCAGAUGUCACGGUCGUGAUCGACACUGGCCUGGUGAAGGAGCUGCGGUACAAGGGGCAUUCGCGCAUGUCACAGUUGGCGCUGACACGUGUGUCGCGCGCCAGCGCCAAGCAGCGUGCCGGCCGUGCGGGGCGUGUUCGUGCGGGGCACUGCUACCGCUUGUAUACACAAAGUGAAUACCGGGAGCUAUCAGCGUAUACAAGGCCUGAAAUUCAACGCGUGCCUCUCGAGGAGCUCUGUCUUCAUGUCCUAUCUACCACAAGCCAUCAGCCAGCAGAGCUGCUGGCCAAAGCUCUUGAUGCCCCGGCCCCGGCUGCUGUGGAAGAGGCGCUGCGGCACUUGUUCGACAUUGACGCAGUACAGGAAGAUGCCGUGCGCUUCUCCAGUCACUGGUCACUCACACCGCUCGGUCAUCGCCUGAGCCGGCUGCCGCUGGACGUCCAUAUUGCCAAACUUUUACUCGAGGCACACGCAUUGGGCGUAUUUCCUGCGGCCCUGACGUUGGCCGCCUUGGCGAGUGCAGAGGAUAUUUUCGCGGCCCCCUUGGAUCAACGGGACAAGCUCAAAAGCUGCCGGCUAAAAUUCGAAGAGGACGCUCGAAGUGACCUCAUGCUGGAGCUGCAUGCAUUUGUGGCUUGGUGCCGAACACCAAAGGCAAAACAAAAGGCAAUGCUUUUGAGCAACUGCCUGCAACGACAUCGCCUGCUGCAGGCGAGCAGUAUCCGCGACGAUCUUUACAAGACGUAUCGCAAUGCAGAAAUGUCUGGCACCGCGUCUGACGCGCGGCCCCCGCCACCCGAGCGUGCACCGCCCGCCUUACUGCGUGUUGCGCUGUGCCGAGCACUGUGGCCGCAGGUGGCACGUCGCGAGGUAUCAGCAGCCGAUGCUCGGGGUUGGAACCUCACGUUCCACCGCGGGGUAGCAGGCACAAUCCAUCCUGGCAGUUGCCUGCGAGCUCACCCCGCUUCCUCGCGCUGGCUCCUCUACCGCAAUCGCCUGGAAACAACCAAGUGCUUUGCCACCGAAUGCACCAGCGUGGAGCCCUGGCAGCUGGUGGUUGCUGCUCGCCGGGUGGACGUGAAUGCACUUGGUGGCCUGCUGACCCUCGACCAAACGACACGACUCGACAUGGGAAAGAACAAGGGCAAGGCGGCCAAGCCGGCGGCAGCUACACCGGCGGCUGUGCCCGCGGCAGCCGAGGGCGAAGCAAAGAAGAAGAAAAAGCAAGCAAGCGAGCUGGAUGAUAUCUUUAGCACAUUGCAAUCGGCGCCACAGGCUGACAAGAGCGGUCCCCCGGCUACGAAGCAAGCCAAGCAUAUGCCACAGCCUCUGUCAGGAAAGGGGGCCAAGGCUGGAGCUGAGGGAGGCAAGGCGUCCCAAGGCGGUGCGAAUAAAAAGAAAUCGGCUGCCUCUGUGGCCGCUGGCCCUCAAGCUCAAGUGAGCGAUGAUGAUGAUGAUGAUGAUGAUGAGUUCCGUGACGCACGGGGCAACCGCAAAACCAAGCGCAAAAUGGUCGACGGACUGCGCGUGUAUACCUACGAUGAGCUGGGUAUCCGUGCUGAUAGCGGUGGUGCGUGGGCGCACCUCCUGGUGACAAAACAAAACGAAAAGCGACGUGUGUUUCAAGCUUCCCUAUGUAUGGCUCACUGCGGGCACACCGGACUGUCCCUUCGACUGCCAAUGCUGCUUUUGAGCGAGGAAUGGACGCUCGUCAACAAGACGCAGCAGCACGGCAUGAGCACAGCACGACACCAACAGACUCAACUGGGCUGGGAUGGGAGUUGA